AUGGAUGAGGACCUGCGUGCGGCGCUGGAGGAGCAGUAUUGCCCUCCCAUCGAUCCAGCUUUGUUAUCGGCUAUUCUGUCGGACUUUGACCUGUCGAAACCGGAAGACCUGCAAACGGCGCACACUACGUUGGACGAGCUGAAGGAAUCGGCGGUUCUGGAGGCUGCUGCGGGAUUUGAUGCAUCUGGUACAGGCGGACUGGAUGAGAGCGUGGACAGUGAUCGCAGUGAUGCUGGCCAACUGCAUGCCGACCCAACCCAGUCGAGAGGGACAGAACGCUCCAGCCUGUCGAAUGAAAUGUCUUCUCUGGACCUCGGAGAUGAUGGCUCCGAUACUCACGAUGCACCGGAAGAGGUCAAUCUGGAGAGUCUAGACGACGAGACGAAGAUCAAGCUCCUACGAGACUUGUUCGGCAAACAUGUCAGCCAGUACAGCAUCGAGUAUACUCUGCGCAAAUGCAAUGGCCGAUGGGAGGCGGCCAUGGAUGAACUACUCAAUCACGUCUAUUUCGGCGAAGAUCCUGCAAAUGCUAAAGGCAUCGAUGGCUUCUUUGAGGACAAUCACGUACGCCGCGGUCGGAAGGGUCGAUCGAAGAACAAUCGUGGUAAACAGAUGGGCGAGAGGCGGAGUGGCUCGACUACAGAGUCCCAGGAGGCGAGUCCGGCGCCAGCGACCAACAGGUGGAAGACUGCGGCCGAAGAUGUCGAGUUCAUUGCUUCUCGCAUGGGGAUCAAGAGCGCCACAGUCACGUCGAUGUACUACGAAGCCGGCGCGUCUAUCCCCAAGACGAUUGCAGCUCUCUUGCGCGUCUCGAGAGAAGAGAGCAAGGCGCUCGCCCUCGAUUCAAAAAUCGAAUCUUCGCGAGCGGAGGAGCUGGCCAGCGAGUUCCCCACCGUCUCGGCCGACGACUUGCACACGAUUGUGCGACUCACGCACCCAUCCACAAUCACCGCUCGUGAACUCACAGAGGCUCUCACAACGAAAUCGCCAAGUAUGCUCGGUGGUAUCCAACUCUUGCCUAGCUAUUCCAAGCCGUCCGACCUUGACGAGGUCGACGACUGGAUAUACACCGCUCCGACAUCCAGGUCUACAGCAUCAUCUCCCCAUCCAAGCUCAGAUCUCAGGUCGAGCAUCGCCCGCCGAGACGCAUAUGACCUCGCGCGAGCAGCAGCCAUUUCGCAAGCUCAAGCAGCGCGUCGCAAAGCGAAGUCAAACCCUCUCAUGAACGGCGCCAUCGCAGUCUACAGCCAGAAUGCCCGCGAAUCCGGCGCGCUCUCCGCCAGGGCAUCCGCGCGCGUUGCAGACGACAUCGCAGCGAAGCAGUCCACGUCCACGCAGGUCGACUUGCACGGCAUCGACGUCGCUAAUGGCGUUCGCAUCGCGCUGGACAGGGUGGAGGAGUGGUGGGAGGGGCUGGGCGAGAGUCGAGUGAACGGAAGGGUGGGGGUCGGAGAGCGUCAGGCGGGGUACAGGAUAAUCGUGGGCAUUGGAAGGCAUAGCGAAGGUGGGAGAGGCAAGCUUGGACCUGCUGUCUCGAAGGCUUUGCGCGAGCAGGGAUGGCGAGUGGAGCCUUGCGGUGGUGUCAUUGUCGUCAGAGGACCAUCGAGGAAGUGA